GCGAUCCAGCCAGAGGAGGAGAAGAGAUUGUAAGACCAAGACAGGAGGCAGGAAGGCAGGCUGUGCGUCAGCCGGCACUCCAUAGGGAAACAUGGAGACAAGCAGGAGAUGCUGAAGAGGACAGAACACACCAUAACAGAAUCAUAUACAUGGAUGUUAUUUCAUCAAGCGGGAAACCUGAAGGCAACCCACGCAGAGGAUAAACCACUUAUGGAUGCAGUGGAUUAAAGACCUACAGACAGACUGAGAGAGAGGGAGAGGGGGAAUAGAGGAGGAGAAAUUAAUCAAUUCAGUUGUUUAUUUUGAUGGUCUGUCUGUGCGCACUUGCUGUCAGAAAGAUUGUGUGUGCCUGCGAAUAGUGUGUGCGUGCAGAAGGCAAGAGACUGCAUUGCUGCUCUCCAGCACCACAAAAAAAGAAGGCAGCCAAGCAGAUUACCUUAUGUAUUUUCCCCAUUUCCCUCUGUCUCUCCCUCUCUCUAUGCAUGUGUGUGUUCCUUCACUGCGCGACCAGCCACAGUGUGUGUGUGUGUGUGUGUGUGUGUGAUAGCUGAGAAUAAUAAGAGGUUGGUGAAGCCUGAAGUGAGCUACAGAGUCUAAGUCUGACUUUAAAUGGUCUUUUUUUUCGAUCAUCGGGACUGGGCUCAAAGAAAAAACUGUUUCUCUCUUUUUCUUUCUUCAUCACACAACAUGUCACAGCUCAAGUUGUGGCAUCGGUGCUGAUCAGAGAUCCAAAGGUUGGUUUAUAAGCUGGAGGCUUGGAGGAUUGAAGGGCUGCCACCGGGGAGACUUCUCGGUUCUACACCCCAGAGAGGUGGAGGCAUCAUCAGGUAGGAGGCGGCUGAACGCGGGGGUCUGAGCAGAAAGCAGAAGAGGAGUAGGAGGAAGAGUUGUGUGUGUGUGUUGAAGACUGUGUACGCAGGCCGAUGGCCGGCCGGUGGAGCUGCCUGAUGGUUUAAACUCCUGCUGAGAGAGGAUAAUGGCAGCUCUGGGCCCACUCUCCUCCUCUCUCACCUGCAUCUGCCACAGAGAAGCUAGAAAGUGCUAGCCGAUGCUACAUCGAGCCCACCAAGAGGAUGGUGUGAACAGCAUCGCCCUUUCCCACCACGACCCUUGACACCCCUGUGAGGGGCCACGUUUUAAUGCUCACCUCGUUUCUCCCUCCUCUUCUCCAAACUAGCUGAAAACAAGGGCUGGCGUUGCUUGAUUUUUGUGGGAGUUCUCUCCCUCUCCCUCCCACCCUCUCUUCCUCCACACCCCUAACCUCACUAACCUCCAAACUCAGCUCCAUGGAUUGCUUUUAGCACCAACCUGUCCGUCUUUUUCCUCCCUUUCUUUUCUUUUUCUUUUCUUUUUCUUUUUGUCGAGGCUUCAGGGGAAUUGCCAAGACCUGUUUCAUGCAUGUCCACUGGCGGCAGGUUCAACUUUGACGAUGGGGGGUCAUACUGCGGAGGGUGGGAGGAGGGCAAGGCGCACGGCCACGGGAUCUGCACGGGACCCAAGGGCCAGGGCGAGUACUGCGGUUCCUGGGCCCAUGGCUUCGAGCUGCUGGGUGUCUACACUUGGCCCAGCGGAAACACCUACCAGGGUACCUGGGCUCAGGGCAAGAGACACGGAGUGGGCAUCGAGAAUAAAGGCCGCUGGGUGUACAAGGGCGAGUGGACGCACGGCUUUAAGGGACGUUAUGGCUUGCGGGAGAGCACAGGGACGAGCGGGAAGUACGAAGGGACAUGGAACAACGGGCUGCAGGACGGAUACGGAACAGAGACGUACUCAGAUGGAGGAACAUUUCAAGGCCAGUGGGUUGGCGGAAUGCGGCAUGGCUACGGAGUUCGCCAGAGUGUCCCAUACGGUAUGGCGGCAGUCAUCCGCUCUCCGCUCCGUACUUCCAUAAACUCUCUCCGCUCCGGUUCGGAGCACAGCAAUGGUACAGCUCUGCUGGACCGGACUGGGGCAGUGGUUCCUGGUCCUCCUUCUGUUCCUGGCACUUUGACCACCAGCGUCUCCAUGUGCAGUACAGGCAGCAGCGGCAGCAGCCCCGCUGUGUCCCGUGGAGGUUUUGUGCUGACGGCACACAGCGAGGCAGAACUGCUGAAGGGGAAAAGAAAAGGCGGGCUGUUCCGGAGGUCCAUCCUUUCCGGGCUCAAGCUGAGGAAGUCUGAGUCCAGGAGCUCCCUGGCCUCCCAGAGGUCUAAACAAAGCUCAUUCAGGAGUGAGGCAGGGAUGAGUACUGUGUCCUCUGCUGCAUCUGAUAUCAACUCUACUAUCAGUCUCGGAGAUGCAGACGCAGAGUUGGCUGUUGCAGAAGACGAUGUGGACGCCACAGCAACAGAGACCUACUGCGGGGAGUGGAAGAACGACAAGCGGACAGGGUUCGGUGUGAGUCGGCGGUCAGACGGGCUGCAGUACGAGGGGGAGUGGCUUAGCAACAAACGCCACGGCUAUGGCUGCACCACUUUUCCUGAUGGCACAAAAGAGGAAGGGAAGUACAAACAGAACAUCCUGGUGAGCGGCAAAAGGAAGAAUCUGAUCCCUCUCCGGGCCAGUAAGAUCAGAGAGAAGGUGGACCGAGCCGUGGAGGGAGCACAGAAAGCAGCCGACAUCGCCCGGCAGAAGGCUGAGAUUGCCAUGUCCAGGACGGCUCAUGCGCAGGGUAAAGCAGAGGCAGCGGUAGGAGCAGCUCAGAAAGCCCAGGAGGAGAGUCGCAUGGCGAGGGUCACUGCCAAGCAGUUCUCCCCUUCCUUCCAGCACCCAGGAAAUGGCAUGGAGGUGCAGCGUCCCAAACAUCAGGUGUCCAGCGAAGUGGAGGGAGAGGGGUUGUCGAGUAGCGCGGGCACAGCUGACAGCCCCGAUCUCUACGUGAAGAGUGCGGGCUCUGACGACCCCUCUAACGACGCCGCCACCCCUGACCUCAGCCCCCCUUCUUCCUCCCCACCACACACCCCGCCUCCCCCCGCGAGGCCGUCCCAGCGAAGCAAAAGUGCUCGCUUCCACCGGCAGAGCGCCGUGGACCACGGGGAGAAGGGGAAAGACGGAGGAGAAAGGGGUGAGAAAGGCGGAGGAGGGCAGACGGAGAUCCAGGUGUCGGUGGAGGGGGGAAGUGGGGGAGGUGAAGGUGGAAGAGGAGGAGGGAAGGGGGAGUACCCACCGGCCAACAGCUGGAGCGAGGACACGAAAAGGGGGAUUUUGUCAAAAGGAGGAGCUGGGCUCAGCGGACGAGGUGGGAGCCGGACCAACGGACACAAACACAGCUCCUCCAAUCACAAGUCCCGGGAGCAUGGGUCAUCCAAUCACAGACAGGCCAGAGGGGACAGGUGGACGGAGUCGUCCUCGUCUGCCUCUUGGACAUCGGGGCACAGGGGCAUGCACGGUCGGGGAGGCCGGCUGCUAGAACAGGAUGAGGAGAAAAUGAGCAAUUAUGAGAUGGAGAUGAAGCCUUUACAGCCCAGAGACUCCACUACCCACAAGCCCCAUGGGCACGUGGAGGAGAGGCAAGGGCAUAGUCAUGCUCACGGAGAGGGGCGCUCGCACACCGUACAACGACAGAGGCAUAAGAACCGUGAAGGGAAGGAGGGAAGGGAAGGAAAAGAGGGGAGGGAAGGGGGUAAAGACUCAGUGCACAAGCUGGACAGACCGGGGGAAAAUAUGGAUUCACGGCCUGUACGUCGGGACCUAACCCUCUCCCCCCCUCUGAAGUCCUCCCCCAUCACACGGGAGCAGCACGACCACAGCCUCACGCAGAGGAAAGGCAACUCGGCCUACAGCUCUAUCCUGGUUGUCAUGGUGAUUCUGCUCAACAUUGGAGUGGCUAUUUUGUUUAUCCACUUUUUUAUUUAAAGACAGCACCGCUUUCAGAGUCAGCCUAUCUAUGCUACAAACAACUAUAAAUUCAUAUGAGUAUUACGACAAAUCUGCUGCCCCUUCGUGUUCCUAGCGAGAGGACUGCGACCGGCGGAGGGGAAGACGAGGACCAAGGAAGGCUCCGACAAUGUUUGGGCUAAAGGUAGCUAACCCGGGCUAACCUUCGCUAAGUCGUCUUGAAAGUCAUCUUGAAAGAGAUGCUGAAGUGCAUAGCCCAAAGAAGUGGAGGAUAGAGGGGUAAACCAGGCCAGGAAACUGGACUACAGGGAGAUAAUAUCAGUCCACUGGACUUCAGUGAGCUUCAAUCGUUCACAUAUAGACUCAAAUGGUCUGAUCCCCAGGCCACGAGAGCUGCAGCUGGCAUUACAUCGAGAUGUCUGCUUCCACUGUCUGCAGACAGGACUGACAAGACAGACUUUUUCAUCUGCAAAUCAUAGUUUUCAACAGAUUUGUAACUUAUAAUUUAUUUAUUAACAUUUUCUCUCAUGUACAAUAUGUUGAUGGAUAUAUUCUUUAUUUUGUAACCCUCCACCCCUCUUUAUAUAACUCCUGCCUUCUGGUUCCUCCGCCUGCCCAAGUGUUGUUACUGAUGGCUCAAUCCAGGUGUGUGUGUGUGUGUGUGUGUCUGUGUGUGUCUGUGUGUGUCUGUGUGUGUCUGUGUGUGUGAGAGAGAGAGAGAGACUCGGAAGCUGGUUGAGUGUGUGCUGUCUGGAUACAUGGUAUAUGACUCGCUGUCCACACACACACUCAUUACUUUUAUCCCAUCUCUCUAAUUCAUCUGCCAGCUCUGAUGUCUGUCUCUUGUCCCUCUUCCUCUUAUGGAAGCCCUGAGAGACAAGUGAUAAAAAAGUUAUUGUGAUCUCUUUUCUUAAUGGGUUUGUCUGCUCUGUUUAUGUCUUAAGAACAAUUGAAAAUAAAAGGAUUUUGCCAGGAUACUUCCACACAUCUUUUUCAUCUGUGAAACAGGUGGAAAAAAAGUGUUUGUUGUUGUAAUACUAAUUUCGGCCACAUGAGGCUGAAGUGCACCACUACCUCAUGUUCUGAAUAGGACUGAGAUAAUUCAUGUUUUCUUCCAGAUGAGUUUUCCCAUGCACUGUAAACACAAGGUACAUAUAUUGUGGGUCAGUUACACAAAAAAAGUAGCUUACUGUUUCAAAGAUGUAAAAAAAAGAACAAAAAAAGAUUAUCCUGGCAAACCCUUUUUUAAAAACCUGAUCUUAAGUUACAAACACAUGAGAGAAAAUUAUUUCGAUCAGAACCGAAAUGAAUCACCAGAAAAAAUUUCCCCACGUACCUCUCAGGGCUCCCAUAUUAUCUCAUGCUGGGAGUAAAACAUUAUUUGUGUGCACAUUAUAUGUUUUGCAGUGUUUUGUGCAGAAUGUCAGCGUGUGUGUGAAAGUAUCAAGCGGGCAUGUCUUUUCCAACAAUGUGUGUGUGUAUGUGUGUGUGUUUGUAUGUGUGUGGUCUCCAUGUAGAUCAGUGGCCUUUCACGCUGUUCAUGAACUUUACAAAAGCAUCUCAUGAGGACACAGUCACUGCUCAUCCACAUCUAGCCUACUAGCAUCAGCUGACAGUUGUGCUCUCUCCAUCUCUCCCUCCUACUCUCUCCCACCUCCACACACACCAGUCAGAGGAUGGAGCUUCCUCUGAGUUGGUGGUAGUUCAAGACAGAGUGUCCUUGGCAAAGCCCUGCACCCACUGUACCACUAGCAGAGGUAUUUAGAGGAAAUACUGCAUUCAGCUUGUAUGUGUAACACCAGAAAAAUGGCUUUAAAGACAGAAAAUAUCAUAUUGAUAAAUCAGUGUCUCGAACUGCUUCUCUGAAAACAUAACCUGAAAACAGUGACAACAUAUUUUAUAUUAUACUUGCAAGAUGUCUGAAAAUAAUACUAGUUGCCACCUGCCUUGCUUUUGUAGCGCAAGUUGAUUAAAGUAAGACAAUGCAUGCAUAUGUACUGUAAUAUCUUAGUUGUGCAUUGAAUCUGAAAGCAUAACAAGUUUCAGAAGCACAUGCAACAUGUUAAGUUUUGAUAGGAGCAGUGUCUGGAGAGAAGCCGAUUUGGUACUGAUAGUGAAGCUGGGAUAAAACAGCAGAAUCUAAAUUUCUUUCAUGGACUGUUAUUGAUCUUUUCUGAGUUAAAUGAAACCGAUUGAAGCCUCUCUGUGCGUCUCAGUGAUACUCCAAGCAGCAUAACAGAUGCAAAUGAUGCAAGUCUGUUGUAGUGUAGUAGUAAGCAGUGGCCAGGCUCGAGGUCAGGAUUUAUCACUACCAAUUCUCAGCUUUUCCUCCAACGAUCCAAGACCCGACAGACACACACACACACACACACACACACACACACACACACACACACACACACACACACACACACACAGACACACACACAGGGUUUUUCUGUGUGUGUGUGUGUGUGUGUUUCUCAAACCCAUCUAGCAGACCAGCCUGUGUUUGUUUGCAUGUGUGCACAUGAUUGCUCAUCGGACUGUGUGAACAUGUGUGUGCUUCCUCCUCAUUACACGUGGCGGGAUGGGGUGGCUGAGCCCGUUGCCAUCGGUAACAACUUCCAGGGGGCAGGGAGGUUCGCUGUUGUGUUCUGUUCGACAGCGUUUCUUUAACUGGAACUCAAACUUGGCUGUAGGCUCAUUUCUUCCCAACAUUAUUACAAGAGUACAGUCUAAUGUGCCUGCACUCCGAGAGGCAGAAAAAUGUAUUUUCAUUUCGUUUGGUCCCAGACAGAAAAAGGUUGACGAAGCUCUGCUGUAUGCCAUCAGCCAGGUGACAAUGCCCUGCGUCACCCUGUUAGUCCGCAGCAUGCUACAGCAUGCCAAGCUCUCUAUAGUUUGACUCUUCUUUCUUUCUUUCUUUUUUUCUGUUUCUGGGAAUUACUGUUUUGUUUUUGAGUUAUGUGGAGAAAAUAAUGAAAGUGUUUGAAAGAAAA